AUGAGCGCCCAAGCCUACUAUGAGCUCUAUCGGGGGAGCAGUAUCGGCCUGUCCCUCACUGACACCCUUGAUGACCUGAUCAAUGAGGGCCGGAUCGAGCCGCAGCUUGCUAUGAAGAUCCUGUCCAACUUUGACCGGGUUAUUACGGAAGUCCUAGCUGAGAAGGUUAGGGCAAAGUUGUCCUUCAAGGGCCAUUUGGAUACAUAUCGCUUCUGCGAUGAAGUCUGGACGUUCCUCAUCAAGGAUGCUACGUUCAAGCUAGAUAAUCAGACAACGGUCCAUGCAGACAAGGUCAAAAUCGUGAGCUGCAACAGCAAACGCCCCGGCGAGACUUGA